AUAGAUCUCAACUAAAAGAAGUCCUCUUUUCUUCUUCUUCUUCUUUUUCUUUUUCUUUUAUUAUUGUUUUCUGUUUUUUUUUUUUUUUUUUUUUUCCUUUCUUUUUCUAUUUCCUCUCCAUACGACGACCUCUACGAGCAAAGACAUUCUCAUUCAGUCAAUAUUUUUCCUUAGAAGCGAACGGAUCGUCGUGAAUAAAAUAUUGUUUAUUUUUCGUCUCAUUAUGUUAUGAGAUAAUAAAAAAAAAAAAAAAAAAGAAAAAAGGAAAAGAAUAAUAAUAAUAAUAAUAAUAAUAAUAAUAAUAAUAAUAAUAAAAAGGAGAAGAGUAUUCUGUAUUUUUCGAAAAAAAAAUCUUCAUGAGAUUCUUCAUCUAGUCGAGAUAUUAAAUAUCAACGUAAACGAUAAAAGAAUCUAUAAGGAUCUGUUUCAUUCAUCAUGCAAUUUAUAACGACCGAUAGAUUGUACUUUAUUAUUACAUUAUGGAUAUGGAUCACCACGGAUCAAGCCCUAGGACAACAACCCAACGAAUCUGUACCUUCCGUUAUCUUAGGUGGCAUUGGUAAUGUCGCUUCUAGUGCUACAAAUUUUCUAUCCGGAGUCGUGCAACGACAGAAAGACCUGUUGCAUCGCGUGACCGACACUGCCGCAGAUUACAUUGUCAGCGCGGUGGAAAGACCAAGGAAUUUAUUGAUUAAUGCGACGAGAGCUACAACGGGAAUUAUCGACAGUGCGGCGUCGAAGGGACUCGAAUUCAAGCUUCGAAGAUUCAUUGAGAAGUUACGUUCACGAAUGCGUUAUGGUAUACCAGAAUUGGAUAUACCACCGCUCGAACCUUUCCAUCUCGAUGGAGUUCGCAUCGAUACCGAUAAUCCAGAAAUUGGAAAUGUCAGUGCCAUUAUCACCGACUUAACAGUUUAUGGAUUAUCAACGUUCGUUAUUGAAAGUGCGAAACUCUCUUUGAUCGGCCCAACCAUAUCCAUCAAUCUUUUAUUUCCGGAACUUUACGCGACUGGUGAUUACAAUAUAUCCGGUAUACUCGGAGAUAUGUUUACGAUAUUUGGUUCUGGCCCGUUCAAAGCGACGAUCUACGAGUUUCGUUUACAAGUUACCGUUGUAUUGGGUUACUCCAAGGGUUUGUAUAUAAAAGAUUUCGAUCUCGAUUUUGCGUUGACAUCAGUCUUGUUCGACAUUGAAAAUUUCAUGGGCGGCGACGAGAUUGGAAGGAUCAUGAACAAGGUCUUUCAAGAACUCACUCCGCAGGUAGUGGAAAUCAUUAAGCCGGACGUACUUCCAGGAAUCAAGAGUUACGUGGCGGGCAGAGUCAACGAGACCAUCCAACAUUUGACCAUGAGAGACUUGUUUAAUAUUCUCUUGGGAGAAAAUGAAAUUCGAGAUAUCGCUCAUCUAAUCAUACCGUGAUAUAUAUGUGUAUAUAUAUACAUAUAUAUACACAUACACCUACACACACACACACACACACACACACAUAUAUAUAUAUAUAUAUAUAUAUAUAUGCGCUCUCUUUUCUUUCCUUCUUUUUCCUAAGGAACAUUAUUUCUUUUCGUCCUUUUCAUUAAUUUUAUUUUUGUAUUAUUUACUUUAUUCCUUUUUUUUUACUCUCUUGACCGGGUUGAAAGAAUGAAAUAGAUACAUCGGAUGGUAUAAUAAGAUUUUCCUAAGACGAUCUAUAAGGAUCAAUAAUUAUUAACUAUGAUCACGAUGAUAAUCGUUAAAAUCUCAAAAAAUGAUAUCGUUCAAUUAUAUUAUACCAACGUUCAUUUUUUCGUUCGUUCGUUUGUUUCUUUU